UUGCAAAUGAAUCUGUCCAUACGACCGGCAUGCUAAUCUGCUACACAGUCGUGAGUUGAGGUGGAUGUGUUGGUGCUGUGAUGGACACGCAUCUCUCAGCUGGAUUCAGAUCAGUCAUACUGUCCUCCUUCUAUUAAAGCAGCUGUCAGUUGGCUGUGGUACAGAUAUUUCAGGAUUUACUCGUCCAGAGAGGCGUAUGUUUAACAGUGAAUCAGGCCGGUCACUUUACACUCCAUGUGGAGGCUAUUUUGGGAUCGUGGUGGGCUGUCCACUGUCAGUGAGCUCACUCUCGUGAAAUGGCAACCAGACAGUUAGCAACUACACGUUAUUAGGCAUUUUAACAAUGCAAAACAUAUUGCAUUCGUAACAAAGCAAGACGGUAGUGACAGCACUCGAGCAUGGCUCCUAAAAAGAUGCCUCCAAAGAAGGGAGAUGGACCAAAACAGCCGCCCCUGAUUGGACGCUUUGGGACUUCGUUGAAAAUUGGAAUUGUUGGGCUGCCAAAUGUGGGAAAGUCAACGUUCUUCAAUGUUCUGACUAAGAGUCAAGCAGCUGCGGAGAACUUUCCCUUCUGCACCAUUGACCCGAAUGAGAGCCGCGUGCCCAUUCCAGACGAACGCUUUGACUUCCUGUGCGAGUACCACAAACCGGCCAGUAAGGUUCCAGCGUUUCUGAACGUGGUGGAUAUUGCAGGCUUGGUGAAGGGUGCCCACGCGGGACAAGGUUUGGGAAACGCUUUUCUCUCUCACAUCAGUGCCUGUGAUGCCAUCUUUCACAUGACACGAGCUUUUGAGGAUGAAGACAUCAUUCACGUUGAGGGCUGUGUUGAUCCGGUGAGGGAUAUGGAGAUCAUUCAUGAGGAGCUGAGGAUGAAAGAUGAGGAGAUGAUCGCUUCAAUCAUAGACAAGCUUGAGAAAACCGCCGUCAGGGGAGGAGACAAAAAACUCAAACCUGAAUAUGACAUCAUGUGUAAAGUCAAGACAUGGGUGGUCGAUGACAAGAAACAUGUCCGUUUUUGCCACGAUUGGAAUGACAAAGAGAUUGAUGUCUUGAAUAAGUAUCUGUUGCUGACAUCCAAGCCAAUGAUCUAUUUAGUGAACCUCUCAGAGAAGGAUUACAUCAGGAAAAAGAAUAAAUGGUUGGUGAAGAUCAAGGAGUGGGUGGAUGCUCAUGAUCCAGGUGCGCUGGUCAUCCCGUUCAGUGGAGGAUUUGAGAGCAAGCAUCAGGACAUGACCGAUGAAGAACAACAGAAAUAUUGUGAGGAGAACAAAACACAAAGUGUUUUGACUAAGAUCAUCAAGAGCGGGUACGCUGGCUUACAGCUGGAGUAUUUCUUCACCGCCGGACCGGACGAAGUGCGCGCGUGGACCGUCAGGAAAGGCACCAAGGCCCCGCAGGCUGCUGGAAAGAUCCACACAGACUUUGAGAAGGGAUUCAUUAUGGCUGAAGUCAUGAAGUAUGCAGAUUUUAAAGAGGAGGGCAGUGAAAACGCUGCUAAGGCUGCAGGGAAGUACAGACAACUGGGACGGAACUACACUGUGGAAGACGGUGACAUCAUCUUCUUCAAAUUCAACACACCGAAUCAGCCAAAGAAGAAAUGAUGUCACAGUGGAGUCAGAUGGAUGGACUAUACAGCACGGCCUGUGGGCAGCAUUAUGUGGCAACUGUGGCGAGUCUCUACGUUUUUGGCUUUGGAACAUUCAGAACACAAUGGCACCACAGUGGUGUAUGUUUUUUUUUAUUGUAUUAGUUUGGCUGAUGGUUGAGAUUAACAUUACGGCUGCUCCGCUUACAAAAGCUGCAUGUUACACAUCAAAUCAGGCUGUAAAUAAUAAAACACUUCCUCAGACCAAA